UGAAAAAUAAACACACUGUAAACGGAACAAGCUCAUUCCAGGUCAAUAACUAAGACGCAAUUGUACCUCCCUGAAAGGUAGAUGGUCAAUCGAUUAUGGAAAUGAAUGAAUUAUGAAUGAAUCUUUUGUUUUGUGUCUAAUUGCUCACUUAAAAAAAUAUCUUUAGCCGAGCUGUUGAUAUCUUUGCGAUAAAUCUUCCUAGGACAAAGUUCAUCUGAUGAUAAUAACAUGGUCGGAGCAGCCUAUCUAGGCCUUGUUGGCAGGAUAAAGCCAUUGUUUGCAAAUCAGGUUUAUGUUGCAAUAUCGUAGCAAACGCAAUUGCACACAGUGAGUGUCUUUUGAUGAGUUCGCAUGGAAUUGUGUGCCUAAAGGCUCGUUCGCUGGAUACCAUCAUCUACAGGUCUUCAUAGUUUAGAUUGUGGAAAGACAAUUUGAGAUGAGUCGUAUGUGUAAAAGUGCAAUUAUAGGCUUCAGUUGCCUCGUAUUCAUCACAUUCCUAGCAUGGUCUGCUAGCAAUCCUGCGGAAUCUACUAAACAGUUAUUGUCAAUGCCAUUUGAAGAAGACCCUGAUCAUGUGAUUACCAGUAAAAAAGGCGAUGGUGUAAACGCACAGGACGUGUACAGGAAAAAACCGGACAACAUUAAUUAUCAGGGUAUGGGUAAUAACAAAACACCGGUGAACGGAAUCAAACAGGAAUUGAAUGUAUAUCCAGUGGAAAGAGGAAGCAAUGGAUUAAAUGGGCAACCACAGGAAGGUUUUGCCUCCAAAAGACCAGAAACAUUUUUCAGUUCACUGAAUUUAACGUUUGCAGAUAUCCAUCUAGAAAAUAACUCAAUACCCACUGACAUCUUUAUACAAGCAUGUCUGCAGAUGGGACCAUUUCUUGGCAAACUUGGUUCAGGAAUAUCUCUCAUUAAAAAAGAGGUUGAAAGUAAUCUUCAUGAUAUCAAUAGAAAAUUUUUGGAGGACAAGGAAAGCUACCACACGCUGCAAGCUAUGAUAUUAUCGGAAAUUGAUUCAGGUGAUGUUAUGAAACACCACACCUGUAGUAGGUCUCUCAGGUGGAUUAGAAGAAUGUUUGAGUUCAUUGCUAUCUUUCUUGAGAAAAUAGCAACAGGAGAAAAGGAUAUGUCAGCAGCUGGACGUUAUGCAUAUCAACAGUCUAUUUCAAAGUAUCACAACUUCUUUAUCAGAAAAGCUAUUUCAACUGGUAUGAGUAUGUUGCCAAAGUACAGCACGUUUCUAAUCAGCAUGAGUGUUGACCGAGCAGAUGCCGAUAAACCCAACUUUGAACAAGUAUUCAGCCAAGAUGUAUUACAUUAUGUUUCAACUUUGAAACCAAUAUGCAACAAUAUUAAACAAUUUUACACAGAUCACAAACUCUCAAACUGAAAAUAGGAAACAUUUAAUGCAAUAUUUAAUUAUUUUUUAAUAUUUAUAUAAUGCAUAUUAUGUGCUUUUAUUUUAUUGAUAUUCAACAAAAUUGAGAUUCCCAAAACUAUUUGUUUUUAACUCUUCUUGAGUGAGACGUGAAUUUACUGACAGGAAAAUGCUCUUUCCAUGUAUAUUUUCAUUACAGUACCGUUCGCGGGCAGUGCACUUUUUGAUAGCAUUUUGCCUGCAGGAAUUGCGAAUCCACAUCCACUAACUGUCCGCACUGGCAAAGCCAGCCCGCAGUGCCUGCUGCCAAGAUUUUAGAAAUGAACAUUAUAUUGAUUGAAAGCUGCCAGAGGCGCCAGCGGUCUGGACUAAGCACACGAUAUGUGUGUAUCUGUACAAAAAAAUGUUUGGAUCAUAAUUUUAACCCAUAGAUUAUAAUUACAGAUAGGCCUAAUAAGGUAAAUUUGUAUUCGAAUCAUCGACAUGAUCUCAACAGAAACAUAUAUAUACGUUUUAGAU